AUGGCUCGAACUAAGAUAACAGCUCGCCAGUCCACCGGAGGAAAGGCUCCCACAAAGAAACUUAGGGCAUUUUACGCUGCCGCUCGUAAUACCGCUCCCGUAACAGGAGGAGUGAAGAAGCCUCGUCGGUACCGCCCAGGAACUGUUGCUCUUCGUGAGAUACACAAGUAUCAAAAGGGCACCGAGCUGCUCAUAAGAAAGCUACCCUUUCAGAGGCUUGUCCGGGAGAUUGCCCAGGAUUGCAAGACUGAUCUGCGCUUCCAGAGCCAUGCGGUGCUUGCUCUGCAGGAGGCAGCAGAAGCUUACCUAGUGGCAUUGUUCGAGGACACAAAUCUGUGCGCUGUCCAUGCUAAGCGUGUGACCAUCAUAUCCAAAGAUGUUCAUCUGGCUAGGAGGAUUCGCGGCGAGAGGAUGUAA